CUUCCCACCUGCGCUGAGCGUCCACGUUUGCAAUCCCCACACUACAUACAACUUACAAGUAGAAAAGACCGAGAACCUCAGGGUAACGCCCUUUGUGUAUAUAGUGACAUAUAGCGUAGUCGCAGGCGGAACCGAUUCGAAAGUGCUCACAUUCAGAUCCGCAAAAAAAAGUCGUUCAUAUCUCUACCACCUCGAAUCCACGCAUCGCAAUGUCGCCCUCCGCCUCCGCACCACAACGGUCGUCAGACCACAAAGACGAACCCUCCACAUCUCCCACCACCACCCCCGACACCCCCGCCGCCACCGUAAUAGACGCCAAAGCCACCGAAUCCUCCCAAGAAGACGCCUACGACCCCGAAACCGGCGAGAUAAAUUGGGACUGCCCGUGUCUCGAGAACAUGACCAAGCCGCCGUGCGGGGACUCGUUCAAGGCCGCGUUCUCGUGUUUUGUGUACUCGAAGGAGGAGCCGAAGGGGUCGGACUGUUUGGAGCAGUUUAGGGAGAUGCAGAAGUGUUUUAGGGAUCACCCGGAUAUUUAUGGGGCUGAAUUGGAGGAUGAUGACGAUGACGAGGAGGAUGAGGACGAGGAGGAGAAGGAGGAGAGGAAGGGUGAUGAGAAGAAGGAGGAGCAGGCGUCGGCUUCUCGCUAGAUUUUUAGAUGUCGGCGUCAUAAGUCGUCACCUGGCUCCUACGCAUUGCAUCGACACAACCAGCAAUCAGCUCUAUCAUACGACAAAGUAGACAGCCCCGUAACCAUCAUUUUUGCGUAUCAACAAACUCCGUGUACACGUAUUCUCUAUAUAUAUAUAUCUGUUCGAGAGUGUGCGCAUUGCGACGGAAAUCAGAUGCAUGUAUACAGUAAUGGCCACCUUGAUGCUCAAUGGUAUCGCAGUUGGUAGCUUGCAAAUU